AUGGAAUUUAAAAGAACGACAGUAGUUACAACGAUAGCAGUAGUGAUAAUGUUAAUAGGAGGUGCCAUAAGUGCUCCUAAAACAUGGAUUGUGGGAGAUGAAUAUGGUUGGGACACCAUCAUUAACGUCGAACAAUGGCCGGAAGGAAAACACUUCUAUGCUGGUGAUAUACUUGUGUUUAAUUACGAUUAUCGAGACAGCAACGUGGUGAAGCUAUUAAAUAAGACAGGAUAUGAUACGUGCACAAAACCAGAGGGUGCUGAGGAAUAUGAAUCGGGAAAUGAUAAAAUUCCACUUGAUUUUGGACUCAAUCACUUCAUUUCUGGUUAUCCCGUACAAUGCCAAGCUGGCUUGAAGAUGUUCAUUAAUGCCACGGCUCCCCCAAAUUGA